UUCUAAUUUCUUGCCUGUCUUAUUGUUGGUUGAUGACUGGUUGAUAACUGGGCGGUGGGUUGGUUAGUAGGCUGGCUUGCUACUGGUCUGAUGGGCGCGGGCUCGGUCGAAGUCAAAGAGCGAUGAAGCAAGCAAGCCUUCUCGCGAUAGUGUGCGGGUGGGGAUGGAUGGAUGGAUGAAUUGUCAGAUGGACAAACGGCAUGGACGCACAUCUCCUCGCUGUCCCUCUAACCCCUCUCUCCCGUUCUUCUUGCUCUCGUUCUUCUACCUAUUCUUAUUACCCUUUUCCUAAACCCAUAUCCUCGACUCGUAUGUGCGAGCAACCUCUCUCUCCUCUCCCUCUCUCUUUGUGCUUUUCCCUUCGAUUUGCUAUACCGCAGUUACCAGUUCCUGUUCCUAAACCCUUUUGCUGUUAUUUUUCCGUCUUUUGUUGUGCUUACGGUUGUGGGUUUGGCUUGGUGUUUGGUUUCUCCUUCCUCUUGAUGCUGUUGAUGUUGUCGUUCGUAUCGAUGUGCGUUGGGUUGUUAGGUUCGUUUAUUCGCUUGGUUAUUUGUUUGUUUGCUUGCUUGUUUGUCUGUUUGCUUGUUUGCUUGUCUGCUUGAUCUCUCUCUGUCUGUCUGUCUGUGCACCGGUGCAUCAUCUCGCGCGUUGAGGAGCUCGCUACGUGGUUGAUUGGUU